AUGGCGGUCCCAGAGAUCAUCGCCAGCCUCACCUGGCAGCAGACUGGAUGCCUGCUCGCCGGUGUCUGGCUCAUCUACCUCGUCCAGCUGGUCAUCCAGAGAUUAUGGCUCAGUCCUCUGGCCCAUAUCCCUGGCCCCAAGCUGGCAGCUUUGACUCAGUACUAUGAGUUCUACUAUGAUUUUGUCCUGGGGGGACAAUACACCUUCAAGAUCAUCGACAUGCACGAAAAGUACGGACCUAUUGUUCGUAUCAACCCCUGGGAGGUGCACGUGGGAGACCCCGACUUCUUCUCGGAGCUCUACACUGGACCCAGCCGGCGCCGGGACAAGUGGACGUUCUAUACACAACAGUCCGGCGCCCCUCGUACGCGAGUACCUCAUCCCAACGCCUUGGCGGGACCUAAUACUGCAACGGAAGGCUCUCUUGCUGCCAUCGACCACAGCCUUCACAAGUUGCGGCGAAGUGCGCUGAACCCUUUCUACUCAACUCAGACUGUGCGCAAAUUGCAGCCGGUGAUUGAGGAGAGAGUGGAUGCCCUUCUGGAUGCGUUCCUGAACUACGCUGAGGUGUCCAACGGUCAACCUUUGGAUGUCAUGUACCCGUACUCCGCCUUUACCAAUGACGUCAUCAACGAGUAUGCUUUUGCUCGAAGUGAUCAUCUUGUCGAGAAGUCGGAUUUCGGAGCUGAAGUCACCAACGAUCUUCUUAUCGGCACCCACAUGGGGCCAUGUGUGCAGCAUCUCGACUGGGUGCUCACACUUGUCAAUGCUCUGCCCGAGUCCAUCUCGAACCGAUGCAUGCCUGGUUGGGGUGGUUUCUUGAAGAUGAAGAACGAUAUCCUCGAGCACAUUCACAGCAUCGACCCACCCCAAAGCACGGGCAAGUGGACGAUGGAUGGUGGUCACCCUACCAUGCUCUCGAGGCCUCGGUCAAUGCGGGGGAAGCCAUCACCCCAAGUUCAAGAGGGACAGAUCCUCGUCCAAGGCGGUACUCUCACCACCUCCUGGGCCAUGUCCCUGGCAACCUUUCACCUCCUCAACCGCCCCGAGACCCUCCGCAAGCUUCGCGACGAGCUCUUUGCUGCCAUUCCCGAUGCUCAUGAUACGACGCCGCUUUCCCGACUUGAGAAGCUCCCCUACCUUCGCGGAGUUGUCAAGGAGGCAUUGCGUCUCGGCAUCGGAACUAGCAGCCGGCUCGCCCGAGUUGCCGCAGACGAGACCCUCGUCUACCAUGACCACGUCAACAACACGGUCUGGCGCCUACCUCCUGGCUCCAUUGUGGGUAUGAGCCCAUACAAGACUGUCAUGGACGAGAACAUCUUUUACGAUGCCCGAGGCUUCCACCCUGAGCGCUGGGUUGAGGAUGGUGAGCGACUCGACAAGUAUCUCGACAUCUUUUGCUCCGGCACCCGCGUCUGCUUGGGCAUGGCUCUCGCCCAAGCCGAACUCUACCUUAUGCUGGCCAAGAUCUUCCGCCGCUGGGGAAGCGGUGGUGUUGUCUUUGGCAGUGACGAUGGUGACCAGCGUCUUGGAGAUGUUGGUUACUUGAGCAUCUACGAAACGAGGGUGCGAGACUGCGAGCCCGCUGCUGACUUUUUUAUGCCUAUCCCCUACAAGGGAUCUGAGGGCCUUCGCUUUGUCUUUGAAGCCUACUAA